AUGACGCUAAAUGAGUCGAAAUCACCAGGUCCAGAGGACAUACCGCCUAAGUUACUGAAGGAGCUCGCUGCCGAACUAGCCAAACCAUUGUCCAUGCUUUUCCAAGCCUCGUUCGAAGCCGGCGGCUUGCCCGCCGACUGGAAAUCUGCGCAGAUCACACCACUGCAUAAAGGAGGCAGCAAGGCCUCUGCAAACAAUUAUAGGCCAAUUAGUCUCACUUCCAUCUGCUGCAAACUCAUGGAGAAAAUAAUCAAGCGAGAGCUGAUGCGCUUCCUAGAGCAGCAUAAUUUAUUAUCUGAUGCGCAGCAUGGGUUUCGUAGUGGCAGGUCUUGCGUGACUAACCUGCUCAACUGUUUGGAACGUUGGACUCGGUCAGUUGAUGAAGGCAGUGCGCUGCAUGUAGUCUAUAUCGACUUUAAAAAGGUAUUUGAUAGUGUCCCACAUCAGCGACUCCUGCACAAACUGAGCCGAACAGGCGUUAGGGGUAACCUCUUAAAAUGGAUUCAAAGCUUCCUGUUAGACCGUUGUCAAACUGUCCAUGUCGGUGGCCAGAAGUCGACGGAGGUUGCCGUUGAAAGCGGUGUUCCCCAAGGCUCAGUUCUUGGCCCUACUUUGUUCAUCAUUUACGUCAACGAUUGCGUGAGUGAACUGGAUUGUGGUGUCGCCAUGUUUGCGGAUGACAUCAAGCUCUGGAGAGUCAUUCGAACUGCAGAUGACGAAGAGCAUCUGCAGGCGAACCUAAAUCGACUCCAACAGUGGUCAAAGGCCUGGCUUCUGCCGUUCAACGAGAAAAAGUGUAAUAUUCUACGAGUCGGCAGAGCUCGCUCUCCGAACCAUAUGGCCUACUGCCUAAAUGGUAUACCACUGCAAGAAGUGGACUCGCAGAAGGACUUGGGAGUAUGGAUUACGACCUCGCUCAAACCCUCGCUGCACUGCACAAAGAUAGCCAAGUCUGCAAUGUCAGUCCUCUACCUUGUCAAGCGGCUUUCUCUGCCUUUGACGAAGACUGCUUCGCUAAAGUCUUUCGAACUUUUGUGCGUCCGCAACUAG